UCCUCAAGUGCCAAUCUUGGCAUAAUGAGGACACUGUCCCAAUAUUUGGGCUUUUUCCUAGCGUUCUUGUCUGCUGGCUUCCUAAUUGUGGCAACUUGGACUGAUUGCUGGAUGGAAAAUGCAGAUGACUCUCUAGAGGUGAAUACCAAAUGCCGCGGUCUUUGGUGGGAAUGCGUCACAAAUGCAUUUGAUGGGAUAACGACCUGUGAUGAAUAUGACUCCAUAUAUGCAGAACAUGCACUGAAACUAGUGAUGACUCGUGGCCUUUUGAUAACAGCAGAUAUUCUGGCUGGGUUUGGCUUCAUUUUCCUGCUCCUGGGGCUUGACUGUGUCAUAUUACUCACAGAUGAAUCACACAUCAAGUUAAAAAUCUGUUAUGUAGCUGGAAUUACACUCAUUAUUGGAGGUGUUCCCGGCAUCAUUGGCUCGCUGUGGUAUGCAAUAGACGUUUACGUGGAGCGCACAACUUUGGUUAUAUAUGAUGUUUUUCUGGGAAUCCAAUACAAAUUUGGUUGGUCAUGCUGGCUUGGCAUGGUCGGCUCCCUGGGAUGCUUUUUAAGUGGUGCACUGCUCAUAUCUUGUCAUUAUCUUUUACAAGAUGGAAGAUAUGUCAGAAACCAGUCAUUUUCAUCUAGAAAAACGUAUCUCCGCACAAGAAGUUCUGUGGGCAAGUAUUAUUCCCCAACUCAAACAGAGACUGCCAAGAUGUAUGCUAUGGGCACAAGAGUAUGAGGACAACUGGGCUCAUUGGUAUAUUAAGUAUAUGGUUUACAGCAGCAUGCUGUGCCAGGACCAGUU